CAGUGCAGCGAGGACGCGGAGAGUGGUAACUGUGGCGCAGUCACACUUGUGCAUGGGGGAGAAAAGAUGGGACGUUGUUGGAUUGUAUUUACAGUUACAUUUUUAUUUUCUUUAUCAGCAGGUUGGUUCAAGCCUGUCAUUUUUCCCGAUGCUCCUUACCUGGUCAUUCUGAAGGGGAAUGAGCUAGAAUUGCGUUGCCAUGACGAUAUGCAACUGAGCACAGGCAGUUUGCGGUGGCUACGGGAGAAGAACCGGAGAAUUGAGGGAGAGCAUGAGGAAAAUGGAGCCACUAUCAUCCACCUCAUCUCCAGCCAGCCGCAGCAUAUGGGUCGCUACACCUGUGAGAAUGUCCUAACAGGAGAAAAGAAUUCUGUCUACAUUUAUGUAAAAGAUAUGGAAAGCGUGUUUGUGCGCUCCAUGGUGAAUGGCUUGCUGGCCCGCGAGGGUGAGGACCUCACACUGCCGUGCCUCGUGACAGACCCAGCCAUCGCUCACCUCUCCCUGGUCACCUGCAGUGGCAGGGCCUUGCCAGGCGGCCUUGCCUACAGCUCUAACCUGGAGCGUGGCAUCACCAUCCACGCCAUCUCCAAGGCCUAUGAUGGAUGCUACAUCUGCACCGGAGACGUGGCCGGCGUCACUGUGAGGUCCGGAGAGUACAACGUGGAUAUCCGGCCAGUCCCAGACUCAGCCCCCAAUAUAAGUCUCUCCAAGCCAGACAGUGUGAUACUGAUCCAAAAUCAAGAAUUUGAGCUCAUCUGCAGCACCACUAACAUUAACCAUAACUUCCAACUGAGCUGGAGCUUCCCUCCAGAAGCGAGGGCCUUGGAGUCCCAUGCCUCUCAUAUCUUACCUGGUUCCCAUGGUUACAAGCGCUCAGCAACUCUAUGGAUUACUGCAGUUACAAUGUCUGACUCUGGGACCUAUUGCUGCCAAGCCCAGAAUGAAAAAGGUGUCUCAUCAGCAACUAUUCACCUUGAUGUUUAUGAGCGAGGCUUUAUUAACAUAACAGAAAUAGAGGACAGGGUCAUUGAGGUGAAAGAGGGAGAGAGUCUUAUGCUCCGAGUGGAGAUCACUGCUUACCCCAAACCUGAUAUGGCCUCCUGGACUUACAACAAUCAACAGCUCAGAAACACCUCCGAGCAUGUCAUCACACUACGCAAGCAACAGUACAGGUAUAUCAGCGAGCUGAAGCUGGUUCGUGUUCAUGGCUCAGAAGGCGGGAUCUAUAUUUUCUCAGCAAAUCACAAUUAUGCAUCUGUCAAUCAGUCUUUCACCAUUCAUGUGAUCUGUAAGCCUAUGAUUGUGGCCCAAGAGGGUCCUAUUGAUGGACAGGUGAAGUGUGUUGCUUCAGGAUAUCCUGCCCCCAAAAUUUCCUGGUACUACUGUGAACGUCCACAUACACGGUGCUCCCAACUGCUGAACACCACGCAGGAAAAUGAGGACGUUGCCAUAGUGACAGUGUCAGGGUCUGUGUUCGGCCGCACUGACGUGGAGAGCCGCCUUAACAUCAGCAAAGGAAAAUACCACACCCUGGAGUGUGUGGCAACAUCACAGGGAGAGCAGGCAUACACGCUGUUCUCUAUCAGUGAGCGGACAGUUCCCCAUAAACUCUUCACCCCUCUGCUGACUGGCGUUAUAUCAGCUGCUGUGUUGCUCAGUCUCUUUUUAAUCGUGCUCCUCUACAAGUACAUGCAGAAACCAAAGUAUGAGAUCCACUGGAAAGUGAUUGAGAGUAUCCAUGGCAACAGCUACACCUAUAUAGACCCCACCCAGCUGCCCUACGACCCCAAGUGGGAGUUCCCACGAGAGAGACUGCGCUUUGGUACAAUCCUUGGCUCUGGAGCAUUUGGUAAAGUGGUGGCAGCCACAGCAUAUGGCCUAACCUCACCUGAUACAGUCACCACUGUUGCUGUUAAGAUGCUCAAACCAAGCGCUCACUCCACUGAAAAAGAAGCUCUGAUGUCAGAGCUGAAGGUUCUCAGUUACCUUGGAAACCACAUGAACAUUGUCAACCUGCUUGGUGCUUGCACAGUAGGAGGCCCUAUUUUGGUGAUCACAGAGUAUUGCUGCUAUGGUGACUUGUUGAACUUCCUGAGGAGAAAGAGAGAUGCAUUUUUUAGCUUUAAAACAGGGGAUGGAUACUAUAAAAACCUUCUCAGUCAAACGCAGCCUUUAAGGGAAGGCACAGAUAAUGGCUACAUGCCUAUGAGGUCUUAUCAGAAGAGAUCAAAGCAAACGGAAUGGACUGAUGAUAUGGAUGAAUUGUCACUUGCAACAGAAGAUCUGCUCAGCUUCUCUUACCAAGUUGCCAGAGGAAUGGACUUCCUUGCUUCCAAAAAUUGUAUCCAUAGAGACCUGGCAGCAAGAAAUGUUCUGCUGACCCAAGGUCGGGUUGCUAAGAUCUGCGACUUUGGUCUGGCUCGUGACAUCACCAAAGACUCCAGCUAUGUUCUGAGAGGAAAUGCACGCCUCCCAGUGAAAUGGAUGUCUCCAGAGAGUCUGUUCACAUGUGUGUAUACAUUUGAGAGUGACGUCUGGUCCUAUGGCAUCUUACUAUGGGAGAUCUUCUCUUUGGGUAACAGCCCAUAUCCUGGAGUUCCGGUCGGAUCCAUUUUCUACAAGAUGAUCCAAGAUGGAUACAGAAUGAGUGAGCCAGAAUUUGCUCCAAGUGAAAUGUAA